AUGAUGAGCAGAAAGUUCAGAACCGGCGACAUAGUAUGGGCAAGGCCAACGAUCCACUCCCCUCACACCACCACCACCACCAACUGGUCUCCGGCACUCGUCACAUCCUCCACCGACCUCGCCAUCUCCCUCUCCUUCUUCAACAACCCUCCCACCCCCAUCCCCACACGCACUUUCUUCCUCGAAUCCGAACUCCUCCCCUUCGACCAACCCUUCCCCUUUAUCACCCCCCUUUCUCCCCAAAACGACGCGUUUCGCUCCGCGCUUAGGUUAUUCGGUCUCAGAAUCGUUUCCAGUUUAACCUGUCGCUGUAUAACAGGUCAUCACCAAGAGAAGAGGGGUUUUAACCGGUUUGAACCGAUUAGGGUUUUGGGUUUUGUUUUGGACGCUGCUGUUUUUCCUUCGGUUGAAGGUUCCCGUGUUGUUGAUGCCGUUAAAUUGGUUGCGAAUGUUCAUGCUUUUCGGCGUUAUUCUUCCUUUCAGCAAAAGAAAGUCUACCAAGAAAAUCGAAAAUUAGGUGAUAAUGUGAAGCUGCAUCGAUGUUCCUCUUUGAGUCAGAAGGUACACUUAGUUACUUGGAAAUCUACGGCUUUAGAACCCAAAGGAAAAUCUCAGGUCAUAUCAAAGCAAGGGGAGGAAAACUCGACCAUUGGUGCUAUAAGAAGAUUGAACGCAACAGUUCUUGAUUUGGAAGGAUAUAGUGGUAAUGCUGAACUCUUUAUGCAUUCUACUGCCUUAAUCCCACUGCACAUUUGGGGAAAGAAUCUAAAGUUGGAAAGGCCAAACCUUCUGAGUUUUAAAAGUAUAUUACCAAAUGGCCUAGUUGAUAUGUGCUUUGCAAACUGUUCUAGAAUGAGGGAAGCUCACUUUUCUAUUUCUUCAAACUUUAAGACUCACUUGAUCAGUUUUAUCAGUAAAGGAAAAGACGAUGUACCAAGGCUUUGCUCUAGAUUGCAAGAAGCAGAAAUCACUAUAAGCCUCAACAGGAAAAGAAAGCGACUAGAUGAACAUGAUUUAUGUCAUGUUUUUCUGCAAACUGGCAGAGUUAGACCUAGGAUCUCACACAUCAAGAUGCUUGAACCAGAACAAAGUGUCCAAAUAGACGAUCAGGCCCGCAUACACUUUGGUGAAACUAACAUAAAUUUCACUGAUAAGGAUCAGGAACUUGAUAUGAAAAGAAGUCAAAGUUUGACCUUACAGCAGUCUUUUACCCGUGAAUCAUCAUCCAACUUGGUGUUUGACUUCCAAUCUGAUAACAGUGAGGUUGAUGCUAAUGCAGUGAAAGUUAACUUCGUGUUGGGAUCUAACUCCUCUGUUUACCAGGAGAGGCCGCAAAGAAUUCGCAAUGGUGAUAUAAUACCUCUUAAGUCAAAAGGGUCAGUGAGAAUAAAAUCAUCUUCUGGGGAUUGUUUGGUAGAGAGUAAAGAUUCUUAUCACUAUAUUGCUUCUUGUUCAACAUUGAAAGCUGGACAGCAAUCAAAACCACAUGUUCCCUUAUGUUCUAAAUCUUUGCACAUAAAGUUCCCCAAGAAUUUCUACCUACCGUCGAAAGAAGAGCUAAUAAAGAAUUUUAGUGUAUUUGGCUCAGUAGAUUCUUCAAGCACAAGAGUCUCUUGGCAGUAUGGCUCAGCUCAGGUGUUUUUUUUCAAAGAAAGUGACGCAGUUGCUGCAUAUCACUAUGCCAAAAGGAAGGUCUGGUUUGGUGAGCCUAAUGUCCGGUUUUGGCUUGAUCCUUUUGAGCACAGACGAAGAGAUCUCAAGUGUUCAUAUCCCAUGCAGCCAUCAUCAAACAAACUAAUAGGACCACCGCUGAAAUCAUGUCUGAAAAAAUCCAAUUCCUUGAAACAGGAAAACAGAAAGAAACAUUGUAGGGUAAGAUUUACAAUAGAAACUUAG